GAGCGAGGGGCUCGGGCCCUGCGCGUGGUCUGAGCGCGCCCGGUAGCGGGGAGGGUGCGUGAGCGCGGGGCGGGAGAGGCGGCCGCCGCCUGCGCACGGACGGGGUGCGCGCCUCGCGAAAAGUCCCCAGCAAAUCUGUUUUCAUUAAAGCAUGGAAUACAGAAAACAACAAAGAAGUUCAGCUAGUGCUCUGGUCUCAUCUGGAAUUCUGCAGCCCCAGCCUCUGACACCUGUCCAGUGUACCGAAUGAGUGAAUGAAAUGUCCUCCAAUUGGUAAAGCUGUAAUGCAACAGACAGAAGUCCAGCCUUCUGCUGUUCUGCCUGAUGGGUGUGGUCUUUGCUCUGCUCCAGUUUUCCUAGCUUCUCCGGAUCCGGCCAUCCUGUUGCCUCUUCCCACAGGCUGCUCUGUCAUGGCAUUCUCUCAGACCACCCACCCCUGAGUGCAAAGAAAUUUCAAGCAUUCUGACGACUACCGCUUACUACUGAACGUUCAGUUGGUAAAAUUGAAGGUCUUCCGCUCACUCAGAAAAAAGAAAUCCAGAAGAAGAAGAAGCUGAGCCACGUGCUUCUGAGCUGCUGUGUAUGGCCCUGGCUCUCUUGACCACACUCCCCAGUAGGAUGUCACUGAGAUCCCUCAAAUGGAGCCUCCUGCUGCUGUCACUCCUGAGCUUCCUCGUGAUGUGGUACCUCAGCCUGCCCCAGUACAAUGUGAUAGAGCGCGUGAACUGGAUGUACUUCUAUGAGUAUGAGCCCAUUUACAGGCAAGACUUUCGCUUCACGCAAGAGCAUUCAAACUGCUCUCACCAAAACCCAUUUCUUGUCAUCCUGGUGACCUCACACCCCUCCGAUGUGAAAGCCAGACAGGCCAUUAGAGUUACCUGGGGUGAAAAAAAGUCUUGGUGGGGAUAUGAGGUUCUUACGUUUUUCUUACUAGGCCAACAGGCUGAGAGGGAAGACAAAAUGUUAUCAUUGUCCCUAGAGGAUGAGAACCUGCUCUACGGUGACAUCAUACGACAAGAUUUUUUAGACACAUAUAAUAACCUGACCUUGAAAACAAUUAUGGCAUUCAGGUGGGUCAAUGAGUUCUGCCCCAAUGCCAAGUACGUCAUGAAAACAGACACUGAUGUCUUUAUCAAUACUGGCAAUUUAGUCAAGUACCUUUUAAAUUUAAACCAGUCAGAGAAGUUUUUCACCGGUUAUCCUCUAAUUGAUAAUUAUUCCUAUAGAGGAUUUUACCAGAAAGCCCAUAUUUCCUAUCAGGAGUAUCCCUUCAAGGUGUUCCCACCCUACUGCAGUGGGUUUGGUUAUGUGAUGUCCAGAGACUUGGUGCCAAAAAUCUAUGAGAUGAUGAGUCACGUAAAACCCAUCAAGUUUGAAGAUGUUUAUGUUGGGAUCUGCUUGAAUUUAUUGAAAGUGGACAUUCACAUUCCAGAAGACACAAACCUCUUCUUUUUGUACAGGAUUCAUUUGGAUGUCUGUCAACUCAGACGUGUGAUUGCAGCCCAUGGCUUUUCUUCCAAGGAAAUCAUCACAUUUUGGCAGGUUAUGCUAAGGAACACCACAUGCCAUUAUUAAUUUCAUGUUCUACUCAGAACUUAGAAAAGGACAGGACACUUUGUGGGAAGUGCCAGAGUUGGCACUGGAGUGGAACACUCCUGAGAAGGUCGCUGUGUUGGUUUGCUCUGAACUGAAAUUCAUGACGAACCCAUAGACUAGAGACUGCAGGCUUACACUUUACUUGUGUUAUAUUUUGACAGAAAUCAAAUCAGGCCCUUUCAAGAUGAUAUUGAGAGGCAUGAAACAAAGUCUUUUGUUAAUAACAGGACCAAACAGUUGGAAUAUAUCAUUCUGUAGACUAGAACUUCUUAAAGGGGUUUUAUUAAAUUAUAAGCUCAUUCGUUCAUAACAACAAAGCAACGUGGAGCUCUAUUUAUUGAAUAGUCUAGUCAGUUAAUGGUUUUGUGUAUCUCUUAUGUGGAUUACCAGUUUUAAAAAUAUAUAGUUCUGUGUAAAAACUUAGAGUUAUACCAAACUAUUACCUGUCUUUGGUCACUCAAGCAGGUACCUCAAGAUGUUGCAGUAUUUCAGAGUUAUCAGUUAUUAUUUAAUAUUGCUUAGAAAUUUUUGAGUGUUUAAAUGUUAUGUUUUUUUUUCAAUACUGUAUAAAAAGAAUAGUGAAUCACUCUUUACAUUUGAAGUCUUUUCCAGUUACUUCACUAAUGAGUUAUUGAUAACUCCAUUAAUGUAAAGUCAUUGGUCAUUAUUGUGUAUCAGUGAUCUCUUUAACUUUGAUAAAUAUUUUAUUGUGGUAAUAUAGAGAAGAAUGAAAGGGAGAAAAUCUAAAUUAUUGUCUUGUUUUUAAAAAUAUAAUCCCCAGUGUUUUGAGAUGACACUUCAUGGGUCUCAUUUUCUACCUGGGAAUUAGGAUUAAUAUAGAAUGCCAGGCGGUAUGUUUCCUUUGGGAAAGGACUCUAAAGGCAAAAAAGAAAAGAAUCUGAUGGUCAGAAUACAUUGAAAGGAAUGUCGUUAUUCUGGUACUUGAGUUGGAAAGAGAAGACUAAAGAUUUGAGUUACAUUACUAAUCUCCGUGUGUUUUCUCAUUAGCAAUCAGUUUGAGAAUAAAGAGGAAAAAAACCACAAUGCUGCUCUAUUGUUAUUAGUUUCACAUCAAGAGGAAGCCCUAAUGUGUGGUCUAAAAUCAAAGUGGCUUUUCAUGUCAUGUAGGAGUAUAUUUAUUUUUUUUAUGGAAGCAGUGAUGUCUCUUUCGUUGGAUCUGUUACUAGUAGAUUAAAGAGGAACACUUGUUCCCCAUAUUCUUGGGAUUGUGCAAUUUCCUAUUAUGACUGACAUGGACAAUUGAUUCCUUUUUUCUCGAUUACAUGAUGGCAAGCGAUCAAAUCCUUUGGCAGAAAAUACAAACUUGAAAGUACAUAGUUAGCUCUUGUAAUACACAAAUAUUUGUAAUUCUUCUAUAAGAACAAGUUUCAAUUAGAACUAUUGUAAUUUAUGAUUCUCUAUAACAAGGCUAUUUCCAUUUCCCUGGUCUCAGACCUGAUUCAGUCAUAAUAAAAUCAAUUCAGUGA